AUGGCUCAAUCGAUUUUACCAAUUCGUAUUAGAGUUGAACCGAAAGCAUCACAUCGUGAAAGAUAUCUAUGUGAAAUAGAUUGCAGGCGUAAUCGAUCACUGCGGUUUAUUCGUGCUGAUACUAAUUCAGAUCAUUUAGAUUAUCCAACUAUUGAAAUACCAAGGCAAUGGAAUAGUCAGCGUUUAUAUAUUCGAGUAACUUUAGUCACGGUAUGGAGUGAACAAGUACCUGUGACAUGUGUACAUCCAUAUCCAAUUGAUACUCGAGAAUUAAAUGUCAUCAAAGAUGCUGAAAGAAACACACUUUAUUUUCCAGUAUCAGAAGAAGAAUUAAAAAAUGGCAGAAAGAGUUUUCGAAUUAUUCUCAGAAAAUUAACUCAACAUGAAUUACGAAAUUAUGGUCCAUUAUAUCUUUUGAAUAAAGAUGUAAGAGAUAUUCAACGUACAAGUAAUUCACAUGAUGCUCGAAAAUUAAUGGAUGUAUAUCAAUUAGAAAGAUCUCAAUUAGUUUUUUCUAUAGCUGAACUAGUUAGUGAUAGACUAUUACCUGUUAUAUACGACGCAACGUCUGCAUAUUCUAAAAUAAUGACUGCUAUUAAAACAACAACAACAACAACAGAUGAUGAGUCAUUUGUCAGGUGUGUACCGCAGAAAGGUAAUUGGUUAGGUGGCGAUGAAAUUUUGAUGGUUAUUCCAAAGCUUAAUAAGAGAAAAAGUAAUCUUUUUUGUUUAUUAUUGUUGAAUCAAAUCUAUUGCUUUUUUUCAGCAUGUCAAGUGUGUUUUGAACAUUCGACAAUACAUAAAAUAAAUCAUAUACCUGUAGAAUUCGUAGGAUUAAAAACAAUUACCUUUAGAAGUCCACCAUGUCCAACUAAAAAUCAACGAAUGGAAGUUCCUAUUGUUGUUAUUCAAAAUGGUGAAGAAAUUGCUUGUGUCAAUUUUGUCUAUCAAUCAUGUAAACAACUUUAUUUUUGA